AUGCAGACGAGUGGUGCUGAUGGUUUUGGUGCGGAUGCUCCUGCUCGUAAGGCCACCACGACGGCGGUAGCCAUCGAGCACUUGCCUAAGAUCAUCAGAAGGCAGGAAAGCGGUCUGUCGUCGGAUCCGAAGCUUGACUCCAGACUCCCGCAACACGAGUUCGACUCCGAGUUUUGCGCCACCGAGAAGUACCAAAAGUUAAGUUGUGUGCACGGGUACACUCCCGCUCAAUGUGUAUGCACGGAGGGAUUCGACAUUGGUAGGUGGUUUCUCAGUUGCCCCUUAGAGGGAUAUGAGGCUUGUGCCUUUGUUAACUGCCUGGAUGAAGAAUGGCAUGGCAGGGCUCGGAGUGUUAUCACCAAGCUGGCAGAAGAUAACUUCCUCUUCUCUGCAUACCCCGCUCAAGUGCCCACCAUCUUCAUCGUGCCCGGCAGGCCAUGCUACACACUGCCACACACUCUGCAGCCAUGUCGACCUAUAGCAAGGAUGACAGUUCAGCCAGCAGUCUGGCGCCUGAUGAUAGUCAACAUUGGAAUCAUCCUGCUCGUCUGGACGCCACCUCCAGAGUCGUCAGUCAAAAACCAGAUGGACGAGGAGCCGUCGGAGGAUGAAGAAGAGGACGACGAUGAUGAGGAGGAGGAAUGGUCGAACGAGGAGGAGGAGGACGACGACAGCAACGGCGAUGACGACGGUGGCGGCGAUGAAAAGCCAACGGUCAGCGGCAAGAAGCGUCCUCACCGAGACGAUGUCGCGGGGCCAUCCAACAAGAACAACAACAAGAAGAAGGACUAA